CGACUAUUUUAAUCAAGACGUUCGACGCCGGCUAAGUUCAAUUGUGUGCAAACAUUUUAUGUUUCUAAAGUUAAGCUCUUCUAGUACCCUAAAUAAUGCAAUACCUACCUUAUUAUAGCAAUACACUUUUUACCGCGACUUUUUACAAUCGGGGCACGAUUUUAGUUACUGGGACGCCAAGAUUUGAUUGCAGAAUGUAAUGCAGAAAAUAAUUCUACACGAAAGAGCUAGUCAAUCAAUCACAUAACACAUGCAUCACGCAUGAGUGCGCCCAUCGGCUGAUGUUAACACUUAACUUCAACGCUUGAUAUCUCGUAUACGGUGCGCGAUAUCAAUUUUUUAUUUUUUUUAAAGUGUUUAUUUUGGGCUAAUUAACAUGUAAUUAACAAUGUCUACAAAUCUUGCCGCCCCAGUAACUAAAAUCUCCCCAAAAUCGGUAUGUUUUAAUGAAAUAAUUCUUUUCAGUUCGUGAAUUGGCUUUUCAUUUUACAAUGAGCAAAAGAAAAGCAAGUUCAUCGUCGCCUGGUGGUCAAGCAGAAAUUAUUCAAAAGCUGGAUGCGAUAGAAACCCAACAAAAAGUAAUAUUGAAAUUUUUAAGAAGUGUUGAUGGCCGUCUCACUGGCAUUGAAAAAUCCAUAAAAGAUAAUAUUCCAGACAAAGCGGAAGUACAAGCGCAAAGUAAAUUGCUGCGCGAAUGUCACGUUAUAGUGUCAAAAACGCAACGUUCACUUAGCCGUAUUACUGGUGAAUUGGAGGACGAAGAAUAUACAGAACUUUCUGCGGAACUACCCAUGACAUCGGAGGUGGAUGUGCGCUUUAUUGAAGAAAAACUUCUAAAAAAAGAAAGCACAGAGGCUAUGAUGCGGAUAAUGUUGAACGCUAAAGGUUUCAAAGGCAAUGUUGACGGCGUACUGCGAAUGCUGUUUUCAGAUGAACUAAUGUCCCAUUACAAUCUAGAGGGACGAAUUAACAAAAAACCAUUGUUGAAGCUUAAAUCCGUAGGGUUAAUUUUUGAUAUCUUUGCUGACAUGGAUAAAAAUGCCAUUUGCGAGGACAUACGACGAUAUGUGGUCUUAAGCCACAAUAGAUUAAAGCAAAAAAGAUAUAAACUUAAGGCUGGGUUAGAAUGAAAAACAUGUAGUUCUAUUAUUAAAUAAGAAUAUUGUAUGUAUUAUAAUUUUUAAUGUGUUUUUUAUACUAUCGAAAUAUAUUGCACAUAAUCGGCUAGUUUUGUUCAUGAGUGGAAA